AUGUUUCAUUUAAUAAUUUUUAGCACUGUUAUUAGUUUAAUAUUUAUAUCGGUGAUAUCUCUACCAUCAUAUCAAGUGCAUCCAAUAGAAUUGGUCAAUGAUGAACCAGAAGAAAUUUCGAUUGUAAACUUAGAGGAUGGAGAUUACGUUGAAAAGUUAAUAAUUCAAUUGACGGAUUGUAACUUGGAGAAUAAAACGCAUGAUUCUGAGGAGCUUCGUACGGAAUUAGAAAGUCUUUAUAAAGAAUCAUUAGCUGCUCGUGGUUUAUCUCAUUGGGCUCUUGACCAUCUUCAAGCCCUAAGAGUACAUAGAAAGGAAAAGUGUACACCAAAGGUCUAG